AUAUUAUACAGUCGAAUGUAAAAAAGCAAGAAUGAUUAGAGGACUCAGGAACUUACAUCAUGCCAAGAACCUUCAACAGAUAUCUGUAUCUUUCAAGUACUUUUCAGCUAAGACAGAGGGGAGGAAGAUUUCAAAGUUGCUGAUAGCAAAUAGAGGAGAGAUUGCGAUACGAGUGACCAGAGCUGCACAUGAGCUUUCUCUAAAGUCUGUUGCCAUUUAUGGCACCGAGGACAGAUAUUCUAUGCAUAGAGCUGGGGCAACAGAGUCGUACGAGAUCCCGGGAUAUAAAGAUAGUCCGGUGAGAGCAUACCUUGACCAGGAUGCUAUUAUAAAGAUAGCCCUUCAAGCUGGAGCUGAGGCGAUACAUCCUGGUUAUGGGUUUCUAUCAGAAAAUGCUGAAUUUAUUAAAAAGUGUGAGGACAGUGGGAUUAUAUUUGUGGGACCGCCUUCUCAUGUGGUGCAAGGUUUGGGAGACAAGACUGCUGCACGUGACACAGCAAUAGCUGCGGGACUUCCGGUCAUUCCUGGAUCUGAUAACACGGUGACGUUGUCAGAAGGCCGGGAGUUUGCAGAGAAGUAUGGGUUACCUGUCAUGUUGAAAGCAGUACACGGUGGAGGUGGCAGGGGUAUGAGGGUUGUCAAGGAAAUGUCUCAAUUUAAUGACAGUUUUCAGGCGUGUGUGAGAGAAGCUGAGCAAGCAUUUGGUAACGGAGACAUGUUCAUUGAGAAGUUCCUGGAUAGACCCAGACAUAUAGAGGUUCAAAUACUGGGUGACAAACACGGCAACAUAAUACAUUUGUUCGAGAGGGACUGUUCAGUGCAGAGACGACAUCAGAAGGUUGUAGAGAUUGCUCCCUCUGUUAAUCUUGAUCCAGUGCUAAGAGAAAAGAUGCUGAGUGACGCGGUGAAGCUGGCAGAACAUAUCGGGUAUAUAAACGCGGGUACUGUGGAGUUUCUAGUAGAUAACAUUGGUAACCACUAUUUCAUGGAGGUGAACCCUCGUAUUCAGGUUGAACACACUGUAACAGAGGAGGUGACAGGUGUAGAUAUCGUAUGUUCCCAGCUUGAAGUUGCUAUGGGAACGUCUCUACCUGAACUUGGUCUUUCUCAGGACAAAGUAGAAUGUGUAGGCUCGUCUAUUCAAUGUAGGAUAACGACAGAGGAUCCAGAGAACGGGUUUAUCCCUGACAAUGGCCGAAUAAUCACCUAUCGGAGUCCAGGCGGGUACGGAGUGAGACUAGACAGAGGGAGUGGGUACAGUGGAUCUGUUAUCACACCCUACUACGAUUCUCUGCUCGCUAAGUGUAUCACUACUUCCUCCUCAUUUGACAGAGCUGUUGCCAAGAUGGUACAGGCCCUGUCAGAUUUCAGAGUGAGAGGUGUAAAGACUAACAUUGCAUUCUUGGAGCGAGUAAUGCAUCACCCUGACUUCAUAUCUGGAAACAUCGACACCUCGUUUAUCGAGAAAGAGAGCGACUACUUGCUCGCUCCCUGGGACGACAAGUCAGGAAUGUUAAACACCUUGAGAUACCUGAGUGAGGUAAUGGUGAACGGCACUGACAUUCCGGGUCUCCAAGGAAAACCAGGAGCAAACCCAAUACCUUUAGCUCCUGUGGAGGAGGUGUAUCAGAGGGGGUACAAACAGGUGCUGGAUGAAGGAGGACCGGACGCACUGGCUCGCGCAGUCCGACAGAAAAGCGGUCUGCUACUGACGGACACGACGUGGCGAGACGCGCAUCAGAGUUCACUCAUGACCCGCAUGAGAACACACGACCUCUGCAAGGCUGCUCCUAUGACUGCUAAGUACAUGAACAAUCUCUUCUCUAUCGAGAUGUGGGGAGGCGCUACAUUCGACGUGGCUUUAAGGUUUCUACACGAAUGCCCUUGGAGGAGAUUAGAAAGACUAAGAGAGGCUGUACCCAACAUUCCUUUCCAGAUGUUGCUGAGAGGAGCAAAUGGAGUUGGAUACACUUCAUACCCUGACAACGUGGUGUACGAGUUUGUAAAGCAGUCCUCGGAGGCCGGAGUUGAUAUCUUCAGAGUGUUUGACUCCCUCAACUUCGUGGACAAUAUGCUGCUAGGGAUAGAUGCAGUGAGACAAACUAAAGGAGUAGCAGAGGCUGCUAUCUGUUACACAGGGGACCUAUCAGCUACUAAUGGUGGAGGCAAAUACAACAUUGAUUACUAUCUUAACUUAGCAAAGGUAUUUGUUGAAGCAGGAGCCCACAUUCUCUGUGUAAAAGAUAUGGCAGGGUUACUGAAACCGGCUGCGGCGACUACACUAAUCUCAGCGCUUCGAGCGGAGUUCCCGGAUACGCCGAUACACGUGCACACACACGACACUGCAGGUACCGGAGUUGCGAGUAUGGUGGCAUGUUAUCAGGCUGGAGCUGAUAUAGUCGACGUCGCAACGGAUGCUAUGUCUGGGGUAACCUCGCAACCUAGCAUGGGGGCUGUGCUUAACUCCCUGCCUGCCAUAAACUCUGACUUUGACCAGGAGAGACUGUUCGAGAUUAAUAAUUAUUGGGAACAGGUUCGACAGCUUUACAGGUGCUUUGACCCAGGCACCCAGGCUACCAACACUGAGGUCUAUAAACACGAGAUUCCGGGGGGCCAGUAUACCAACAUGCUCUUCCAGGCACAGUCUUUGGGACUGGGAAGUGAAUGGAAGCGCGUAAAGCAAGCCUACACUGAAGCUAACCAGAUUCUAGGAGACAUCGUUAAAGUCACCCCAUCCUCCAAGGUAGUGGGUGACAUGGCUCAAGUUAUGGUAUCUAACAAACUCUCUAAAGAGGAUGUCCUCAGAGACGCAGGUUCUCUAAAUCUACCAACAUCAGUCAUACAGUACCUUCAGGGUUACUUAGGAGAACCAGAAGGUGGUUUCCCAGAGCCGUUUAGAACCACAGCGCUGAAAGGCAAACCAAUGGUUACUGGUCGACCUGGGGCCGCACUACAACCACUUGAUUUGGAGCAGAUUAAAAAGGAUCUGACAGAGAAAUACGGUUCAUGGAUAACAGACAGGGAUGUUAUGAGCUACGCGAUGUAUCCUGCUGUAUUUGAAGAGUUCGCUCAACACUUCAAUAUGUACGGGGACGUCAGCAAACUCACAUCUGACAUGGUGUUUAAGCCUCUGGAAGUGGGUAAGGAGUAUAUAUAUGAUCCAUCGAAAGGAAAGCGGGCCUACAUCAUGCCCAUAGCUCUGGGACAAGUAGACCCUAAAACUGCCGAACAGGAUGUCUUCUUCGAGCUGAAUGGAGCACCUAAACGAAUAACGGUUGCCAAUAAGAGCAGCGCUGCUACUGUAAUUACACGCAAAAAGGCAGAUCCUGCCAUGAAAAACCAGGUUGGAGCACCCAUGUCAGCUAACAUCCUAGAAGUACGAGUAACGGAAGGAGUGAAGGUAGCAGCAGGAGAUCCCCUCUGUUUGCUAAGUGCUAUGAAGAUGGAGACGGUUAUUAGCAGCCCCAUAUCCGGUACUGUUACUUCUGUUGAGGUGUCAUCUGGGGAGAGCAUAGGAGCACAGGACCUUAUGUUCGUUAUUACUCCCAACUAACAGAACUUAGAGUUAAAUCUUACAUUAAAUUUGAGCUUAAGAAAUUUUAUUAUGGGCGUUAUUUAAUUUCAAAUUACCUCUGGAUAAAGCUGAGAAUAAUUAUAAUUACUUUCUAGCUCACAUAUUAUACCAGUACAACAAUAAUAACGCGUUAUAUAAUUAUAAAUAUAUAAUAACGUUAUACUUAUAGGGUAUUAUGUAAACUAGUUGUAUGAAUUUGUUUCUACUUGAGAAAAGUACAUAUUUUCUGAAGUAGUUCAGCACUCAGCAGGCUGAAGUGCAGCUCAUAAUUAACGUGUAUUUAAGUAUUUUGUUAGGACUAAGAUAAAAUACCCCGCAACAAUUAUUCGGCUAUUUUAUGUGCGAAGUAGAUAUGUAUCGUUUUUUAUCGUUUUUUAUAACAUUUCUUCGGCUAUCUGGCAGAAUGACAAUUAUAUUUAUAACCUAUAAGAAGAUAUAUUUGUUUUACAGAAUUAUUGGAUGUUUUUAUGUCGAGGGGUAGUUAUGAGCUAAAGGGAUUUUCAGGUGGUUCAAUAUUCAAUAACCAUAGGAAUGGAUGUUAGUUUAAUUGUUAAUGGAAGAUAAAAGAUUAUCAAAAACUUUGAAAUUGUACAAAUUCGAUUUCAUGAUCGAACGCCUGAAGAUCCGACCCCAAUUUGACAGAAAAUGCAGCGUAUUAUAAGAUUUGUUAGUGUUGAGAUAUAGAUGUUUAUAUGUUAAAUUUAAACUUGUUUAUAAAUAUAUAAGAUUAGUGGUUGUUAUAAAUUUUAUUUUAUUUUUAUUGAUUAUACA